GCUUUACAAAUUCUUUUAAGUUGAAUAAUGGUACAAUGUGUUGGGUGACACGGAUCUCACGCAAUUGAUUUUAGAUAUCCCUUCAACAUAUGUCGUCAAAAGGAUCUUGGGCCCAGCUCAAACGUAGCUGGUCCCCUAAAUUUAGCCCCAAUGCUGGGCUGGGACCAAUAUAGUUGGGCCUCUCGCCCACCCAAAUCUUUGCUCACAAAUUGAAGGUAUUUAAUUUGUAAUAAGCUUGGCCUGAAUAUUAACCAGGCCGGGGCGGGCCCUUGGCCCUAGCCAACAACCCCUUACUAGGAUUUUGGAAAGUUGAAUUAAGGUCGAGAAGAGAGAGAGAGAGAGAGCAAAAAGGAUCCUAAGAGUGACAAAGAGAGAGAUGAUGGCAUCAGCUUGUAUCAUCUGCCUACAGUGCACCAGUACCGUGGACCUCUACCAACUCCCCUUCCCCAACAAGAACCACAUCACUCAAACUGCCUCUCUGAGCGACCCUCACUCUCUCUCUCUCCUCCUAAAGUCAUGCACAACGAUUCGUUCUCUCUCACAAGCCACCCAACUUCACGCCCACCUCCUGAAACUAGGUAUCAGUUCAGACCCAUAUAUCCAAAACUCUCUAAUCCAAGCUUACUCGGCCUGUGAUUCUCUCGCACUAGCUCACCAGCUUUUCGAUCAAAUGCCUCAAAGAACUGUUGUCUCAUGGAACUGCAUGAUGGCUGGUUACUCUAAUCAUGGCCAUUGGAAAGAAUUAUACUCUCUAUUCCUCCAAAUGAUGCAUGAAUCCUCUGUGAAACCCAAUUCAGUUACUUUGGUGAGAGCUCUAACUGCCUGUGUAAAGUUAGGGGAUUUUGAUACGGGCUGGAUGAUACACCGUUUCAUAAAGGAUGACUUUAGGGAAAUGCCUCUAAAUUUGGCAAAUGCCCUGUUGAAUAUGUAUGCUAAAUCUGGGGAGAUGGAGUUUGCACAGAGGUUCUUUGAUAAUAUGACAGAGAAGGAUGUGAUAUCAUGGACCACUAUGAUUAGCGGUUUUGCCAAAUCUGGCAAUAUGGCGUUUGGUCGAAUGGUGUUCAAUCACAUGCCUGAGAGGACCACUGUGUCUUGGAAUGCAAUGCUUAGUGGUUAUAUCGAAAAUGGGUUGUUUGAAGAUGGAGUUUCUCUAUUUUUGGAGAUGGUGGGUGCUAGCGAAAAGCCGGAUAAGGUGACAUUUCUUAAUGUUCUCGCUCUGUGCGUUCGGUUGGAACAUCUUUACAUGGGCAGAUCAAUCCAUGGUUACAUGCAUAAGAUUGGGAUAGAACCAAGAGUUAAUCUGAUCAAUUCUCUCAUUGAAAUGUACAUCAAAUGCGGGGAUAUGCAAUGUGCGAAGUGUUUGUUUGAGAGGAUGAGUGAGAAAAACGAGGCUUCUUGGACAUCUAUGAUGGUGGGUUAUGUGAAAUGUGGAUGCAUGGAUAGGGCUAUGAAACUUUUCAAUGAAAUGCCCGAAAGAGAUGUGGUCUCAUGGAAUGCUAUCAUCGCAUCUCAUGCUCAAAAGGGCUAUCCCCAUGAGGCUUUAGACCUCUUUAACAAGAUGCUCUGUUCUGAUGUGAGCCCUGAUGGGGUCACUCUAGUGAGUGCGCUCUCAGCUUGUGGAAAACUAGGUGCCCUAGAACAAGGGAUGUGGAUCCAUGCUUUAAUCCUUAGGAACAAUAUAGAGAGGGAUGUUCACUUAGGAACCUCUCUAGUAGACAUGUAUGCAAAGUGUGGGUGCAUAGAGCUUGCACUAGGAGCCUUUCACAAUAUGCCUAGUAAGGACUUGUAUGCAUGGAGCACCAUGAUUCAAGGGCUAGCCAUGAAUGGGAAUGGUGAGAAUGCAUUGGAGCUAUUGAAAAUGAUGGAAAAUGAAGGUCAAUUGCCAGAUGAUGUCGUCUUCCUUAGUGUCCUUACAGCUUGUAGCCAUGCUGGAUUAGUGCAGGAGGGGCGCCAUUGUUUUGACCUGAUGAAACACUAUGGUUUAUGUCCGAAAGCUGAGCAUUACACGUGUAUGGUCGAUCUCUUGGCUCGAAAUGGACUUCUCGAUGAAGCAAAGGAGUUUAUAGAGAAGAUGUCACUAACGGGUGAGGCGGAAUGGAGAGCUGUUCUUGGUGCUUGUAGGGCUCAUGGUGAUGUUGCUCUUGCUGAAUAUGCAGCCCAGCGUGUGAUCGAGAUCGAUCCUUACAAUUCGGGAGCUUAUAUUCUUUUAUCCAACCUUUAUGCAGAGGAGAGGAGAUGGGAUGAUGUUGCUAAUGUUAGGAAGGUGAUGAGGGAUAGAGGGGUUCAGAAGAUCCCAGGUUGUAGUUGGACAGUGGUGAAUGGGUUUCUUCAAUUGUUCAUGGCUGGUGUUAACUCUUUUGAGGAUGUGUCCUCAUGAGGGAGACUUCGACAAAUCAGCUUCGUACUUCUUUGAGUUUGAAGCAGAUUUCCCAUGGAAUGGUAGAGUUUUCCUGUAUAGCGACUUGCCCCACGAGAUAUUUCAUAGAGGAAGAUUUCCCACAAACCAAACAUAGGAAAUUGGCUUGAACAACAGAGAUCUUUUUCGGAAAGAGAUUUCCGAUGAAUCAAACGUGUGGUUCAUUUUUCAUUGCAUCUCAUGUCUCUGUUUAUAAGAUACAUUAAGUGUAUCAUAAACUAUUUAUCAUGGAAAUUUGGGUAGAUGUCUUCUGACCUUACAAGUUGAUUCACUUUCUUAGUCAACCAAAUUUAUUAAUUACAUUGUGUAGUAUAAUGUUAGUUAUAUUAGUAAUCAAAUGUGAAAUGU